UGAUCCGGGAACGAAGAAGGUUGCUGAUGCUGUGAUGGGCUGGAAGGAAAAAGAAGCUACGGGGGAGUUCACCCCAAAAGGCAAUGUUGACGCAUUGCAUAUGGUCUUAGGGAAAGACCACAGUGGGCGGGUAGUCGGAAAAGGAGGCGUCCGCGUGGGGUUACAGAAGGCAUUCGGCAAAGAGUGUGUUGCUACUCAAUCCCGAACGGCACUGCGGGAAGAAGCAGCAACCCUCCGAGCGGAGAUUACGAAGGACGUUCUCGCGAAGUUGGCCACCGUGUUGCAAAAGAUGGGUGCACCCAUUGUGGACUUGGCAGACCUGAUUGUCGAUGAUCAGGGAAGUCAACAUGGGGAUUCUAACGCUUUGGUCGAGCCAACACCCGAUUUUCUUGCUCAUUUGAGAUAUUUGGGAUUACUUAUGAGUGGCGGUGGUGGUGACGUGGGCAGUGGCGGCAAUGGGUGGCAGCAGUUGUCGUUGUAG